GGUGCUCCGCGUGGUACGUGAUGACGUCAUGAUCGUCACGCUGCGCAGGCGCAAAGCGCUGGGCGCUGUGAGGCGGUGGCUAUGGCGCUGAACAGGAACCAUUCGGAGGGCGGUGGCGUCAUCAUUAACAACAGCGAGAGCGUUUUGAUGACCUAUGAUCACAUAGAAAUUACCUUCAGUGAUAUCGAACCUGUGCCAGACGCCUUCAAAGGGACCAAGAAAGGGAGUGUUUUCUUGACUCCCUACCGAGUUAUCUUUGUAUCAAAGGGGAAGGAUGCGAUGCAGUCUUUUGUGAUGCCCUUUUAUUUGUUGAAAGAUUGCGAGAUUAAGCAACCUGUCUUUGGAGCAAAUUAUAUCAAGGGCACAGUGAAGGCAGAGGCGGGAGGUGGCUGGGAAGGAUCUGCCACGUUCAAGAUGACCUUUUCAGCUGGUGGUGCUAUUGAGUUUGGGCAGCGCAUGCUGCAGGUGGCAUCUCAAGUCUCCAGAGGUGAAAUACCCAAUGGAGCUUAUGGCUAUUCCUAUAUGCCAAAUGGAUCCUAUGCUUUCGCACCACCUGCAGCUAAUGGGGGCUAUCCGUACCCGCCACCUCCUCCUGAGUUCUAUCCUGGCCCCCCCGUGGUGGAUGGAGAUGUGGGUUACAUGCAGCUUCCACCCCCGCCAUACCCAGGGCCCAUGGAACCUCCUGCCAGUGGCCCAGACCUGCCUGCCACUCCUGCAGCUGAGGCGAAGGCUGCUGAAGCUGCUGCCAGUGCUUACUACAGCCCAGGCAACCCACACAACGUCUACAUGCCCACGGACCAGCCACCCCCUCCACCAUACUUCCCACCAGAGGACAAGAAAAACCAAUAAGCUGGCAGAGAACAUCUCCACAACUCAUUGCUUUCUGACUUCCCAUUUUGGCACAAUCCUGGGGCGUGGUCCAUAGGACAGGCGAGCAGAGCCUUCCUCCAAGGCACAUAGCUCCCACAGGCUUCUGUGGUAGCUGUGUGCAGGGCAUGGGGAGAGAUUUCUGCAGCCUGGGUUACCUUGUAGAGCUCUGAGGGUUUGCUGUCCUGCUGCAGGAUUCCCUUCUCCCUAUGUGUGACAUCACUAGAACUGGAGGUUCUCUUCAUGUCCAAUUGCUCCCCCUAGAUCUGUUCCUUUUGGUACUUAAAUCAUACCCCUUUAGAGUAAGGAACUGUUCCAAACCGAUAAUUAACAUGCUUAUAACGUGCAAACAAGGCUUUCAGGGGUGGGAGGUGUCUUGGGUUUACUGUAGUGUGCAGCCAGGAGCACCUCUGGGCACAGGGGUGUCUCUGGGUGUUCCUCUCAACCCAGGGUACCACAUCCAUCUUCUCCCUCUGUUACUGAGAAAGGGCUUCAAAGGGAACUUUUGGGAUCUCAAAGGAAAUGAAUACUUAUUACAUUUUUCGGAUACCUGUUCAACUUUCUUGUUCUUCUUAGUGAAGUCAUUCCUGACAAUCGUAGCAAAUGGUCUGGUAGCUCUCCAUGUCUCCUGUGGCACAGCGUGACAAUGCUUCUCUUCCUCAGAAAACAUACUGCUCUUCACAGAGCUGAUUAGUACCCUUUAACCAGUUACAAAUCGCAUGGGAACACUAAAUCCUGUUGGCUCUUCUUUCCAGUUUGAUAUGUGGGCUUGAGAUCACCAAGUCGUGAAUAUUCUCUUUGCAGUCUAUAAUGCGCUUUUUAGUUUCCCUCUGCUGUAACCCAAGUUAUGCUUGUUGGCCAGUGAAGCAUUGUCCUGCUGUGGUUUAACUGGUGAAUUAAUAGCUAAUGGGGAGAAAAUAGUUGCUUUACUUCUGCCUUGGAAGCACUUGAGAGAAGUUGGAAUAAGCUGUUCGGUAGGACUGAGCUGCUCAUUUGAAUGUUGUUUAAUGCUGUUAGUGGUCCUGGAUCAGCUGUGAGUUUACUUCCCAGUAACUUGAAUGUGAGCUCCUUGGACUGAGGGUUCGAGCAUUCUCUUUCUGUAGCAUGGAUCCAUUGAUCUCAUUGGCAGCAACUGCAGCACACAGGACUUCUGCAGGACCAUCAGUAACCCGUUUGUAAAACUUUGCAUUGUACAAAGCUUUGCACAAACCAGACUGAACUGAUUUCUAACAGCGUCUGUGAGAGAAAACCCUGGCAAGUGCGAGGAAAUAUUGUGUGCUAGGAAAUUCCUGAGACUUGCUGCAUGCAGCCUGCUUGGAGAGGAAAAAGGCCCAUUUCUUGUUUUCUUUUUGUUUGAGUCCAGCUGAUUAAUCAAAUUGCUGCUGUCUGUGCACUGACUUUUCUAGAAUUGCUACCGCAGUAGCAACUAAAAUUUAAAAAAAUAUUUAUUUUGAAAACGUUUAAUAUAUUAAUGUGAAAUGA